AUGAAUGUCUUCUUGGAUUUCAGGGACUUAUGGCUUGGGAUUACAAGCAACAACGAUCAUUCCUUGGCUGAUCGGUUUGCAUAUGUUGCAUGGAGUAUAUGGCACAAUCGUAAUGCUCUUAGAUUGAAGACUCCCUGCAUUCCAUACAAAAAAAUCUAUGCUGGCAUGCAAGACCGUGUCAAGGAGUUUCACUCAGCCAAAAGCUCAACAAAGUUAGCGAACCAUGAUUCUAUGGUUCAACCCAUAAUCUCUGAACCCACUCACUGGAAGCCACCUCGGAACCCUUUUUGCAAAAUUAACUUCGACGGUGCUUUGUUCCAGGACCAGAAAAUGGCGAGUAUUGGAGUGGUGAUAAGGAAUCCUGGUGGCCAUGUCAUUGGUGCACUCUCAGAUAGGAUUUUCCUCCCUGCUACAGUGGACGAAGUUGAGGCUCUAGCCUGCAGAAAAGCAAUUUCCUUUGCUUUGGAUCUUGGCGUUGAGAAUGUAGUUCUUGAAGGUGAUUCUAAGAUUAUUAUCCAAGCUCUCAACGCAGACUCUUCCUGUGCGAGUUCUUACGGCCAUAUCAUUGAAGACAUAAGAGUUCUUGCUCUUGAUUUUGCUUCUAUUUGUUUUUCUCAUGUUAAAAGACGGGAAUACUGUUGCUGA